CGGCCCUGGCGGCGGGUGUGGGGUUGAGUCAGUUGUGAGACCCAGAGCUGCUGACCCACCGGGCAACGGGGCGACAAACCAGAGGGUGGAAGCGAGCUCCUCUCCGGGAGCCUGGCGCAGCCUUGGAGUUGGUCCGCACCUCGGCUCCCGCCGUCGUCCCCCGCCCCCACCAGCAAGCCGCUGCCGCGGGCGCGUCCCCGUCCUGCCCUCCUCUCCGAUGGCGUCCGCCUCCGGGGCCAUGGCGAAGCACGAGCAGAUCCUGGUCCUCGACCCUCCCACAGACCUCAAAUUUAAAGGACCUUUCACAGAUGUAGUCACUACCAAUCUUAAAUUGAGAAACCCAUCGGAUAGAAAGGUGUGUUUCAAAGUGAAGACCACGGCGCCUCGUCGGUACUGUGUGCGGCCCAACAGUGGGAUUGUUGACCCCGGGGCAGCUGUAACUGUUUCAGUAAUGCUACAGCCUUUUGACUAUGAUCCAAAUGAGAAGAGUAAACAUAAGUUUAUGGUACAGACAAUUUUUGCUCCACCAAACACUUCAGAUAUGGAAGCUGUGUGGAAAGAGGCAAAGCCUGAUGAAUUAAUGGAUUCUAAAUUGAGAUGUGUAUUUGAAAUGCCCAAUGAAAAUGAUAAAUUGGGUAAAACAACACCAGGGACUGCUGCGGCUAGCACUUCAGUGAGCAGCGUCAUCAACACAGUUGCAACUCCUGCCAGUUUUAACAUGAAGAAUGACCCCAGGGGACUCAGUCUGUACAAACAGGAGAAGCAGAAGAAUGAUAUGGAACCUAGCAAAGCUGCUCCACUGAAUACACCUAAACAAGAUGGACCCAUGCCAAAGCCGCAUAGUGUUUCACUCAAUGAUACUGAAACAAGGAAACUCAUGGAAGAAUGUAAAAGACUUCAGGGAGAAAUGAUGAAAUUGUCAGAAGAAAAUCGACACCUGAGAGAUGAAGGAUUAAGGCUCAGAAAGGUAGCACAUUCGGAUAAACCUGGAUCAACCUCGGUUGCAUCUUUCAGAGAUAAUGUCACCAGCCCUCUUCCUUCACUUCUUGUUGUGAUUGCAGCCAUUUUCAUUGGAUUCUUUCUAGGAAAAUUCAUCUUGUAGAGUGAAGCAUGCAAAGUGCGAUUACUUUUUCUUUUUCCUCUCUCUUGACCAGAAAAAGAUUCGUUUACCUACCAUUUCACUGGUAGUAUGGCCCAUGGUGACCAUGUGUGUGUGCGUGUGUGCGUGAGUGGGUGAGUGUGUGUGUGUGUGGCGUCAUGUAGGCUUUGCCUUUAAUGAUCUCUUAUGUUUAGAAAACACAAUAAAAAUAAACUGUUCGGCUACUGGACAAAAAUUGUAUAUAACGGGAUCAUCAAUAGCAGAUGUCAGUUCAAUCCUUUAUGAAAUUCAUAAAUAAAGAAUUGUUCCUUCUUUGUGGUUUUAAUAAGAGUUGAAGAAUUGUUCAGUCUUGUAAAUGUUAUUUUAAUGAAUCCCUUUAAAUUUUACCUGUUGCGGUUACCUCUUGAAAUAUGAUUUAUUUAGAUUGCUAAUCCCACUCAUUCAGGAAAUCUCAAGAGGUGUUUUGUGGGGAAAUGGUGCCUCUUACAGUGUAAAUUUUCUCCUUUACCUUUGCUAAUAUCAUGGCAGAAUUUUUCUUAUCCCUUGUGAGGCAGUUGUUGACUUGAGUUUUUCAUCCUUAUGAUCCUGUCCCAUGGUAUUUAACAUUAAAAAAAAUUAAUAAAACUGUUAACAGAUUCUUGCUCAAUAGCUUGUGUUUGUUGUAUCAUUAGAUGGGGAUAUCAGGGAAACUAUAAUAUGGUCACUUGAAAUUUAUCAGGCAUAAUCUUUCUCACAUUGAAACUUACAGAUAAUAAAUAUUUGUAAUUCAAAAAUCUUCAUGUAUUAAGGAAAAGAAUUGAUAACAUUUCCAGUUAAUAGUAUUUUUGAAGAUCAUAAUCCUUUUGUCUUCAAAUUAGUCUAAAAUAAGCUAAUGCCAUCAACAUAAAAACACUAUAUUUUAGUCCACUUAUAUAUAUACAUCAUUUGACUAUGUUACAUUUAAUAUACUACAUUCUUAUCUGAUUGUUUUAGUAUCUUCUCAAGGAAGACUAAUUCUCCUUUGUUCUAGUCAAGUAUUUAAUUAGCCUAAUUUUUAAUUUUAUGAAUUCUAUAAUGAAAGAUUUCACGAUAAAAGUUAAAAUUCGAUUUUGUUGUUUUCUAAUUUGACACUCAAAUUUCCAUGAUUGGAAAUUUUUUAUUAUUGAGCAAGCCAGAGAGAGAGAGUGAGAGAGUGUGUGUGUGUGUGUGUGUGUGUGUAAAAUUUUGUCCUUUGAAAAUCUGUUAACCUCAUGAAGCACAUUUUCAGAAUAAAUAUGCAUUGUAGGGUCUGAUACCUUCCUGCACUUAGUCUUUUUGUCUGUAUUUACUCCACUUGUUGUACUAGGAAAAGGCAUUUCUUAACCAGAGAAAAUAUAUUCAGUUUCUUUAACUGAGUUCAAACUAAUAAAAAUUAAUUUUUAUUCUC